GUGGCAAAGCGAACGGAUAUCCCUACAGCAAGGACAAAAUUUUCCUGGUUGGUUGCUGAAGUACAGACACUGCCUUGUUGAGGGGGAGCGCUCGCUAGUGUGACUUUCGUUCGUGCUUUCGGGACACUAUCGAUAAUAAUCGUUUCCGGUCGAUGUACGAAAUAGUGCGUUUAAGUAGUGAAGAUUCGAUAAGUGGAUUGGCUUCCACAGUCAUAUAAAGUAAGGUCUGGAAAAAUAGUGUUUUUGAAAAGUUGUCUAGUCAGGAAGAUUUCGCGAUUUUCCAAGAUGUCGGUCGCAUCCUGAAAACACGCGUCGGCGCAGUGUGCCCCUUGUUCCGAACCGAGACCAAUUACAUCGCGCUGGCAGCAUUCCAACUUUAAUCAAUCCCAGAGUAUUUUGUAAAUAUUUAUCUAAAGGAAUCGAGCGGAUGUAAUGCUACAUAAAAGAUUUCCUGCAGUGCUGAAGUGUUUUUAAGCUCAAGCAGCUCUCCAGUGUUCGGUGCUCGUUUUUCCACGCGUGAUUUAAAGGACACUCGUAUGAGUUUGCUACUUAUCUUGUUGUUUUUGAAAAAAAUUUGCGAAUUUUGUAACAAAUUGGUUCUACGUUGUUACAAUUCGUUCCUGGUGCACCCGAACAACAACCACCUGGAAAACGGUGGCAAGCACGGAGGGAACCGUUAUCGGUCCAGGACUGUCGGCAAUCACAAGUUGUACUACAGCGAUAGGGAUCUGGUGGUUCGACCGAGGCGUACUCGAAGGGCUCGCAACGAACAACAACAACAUCACCAUCAGCGGGGUUCGAUGGCCGAUCGCGACAGCUACGGGAAAUACUACUGAACCACCCCCUCAUAUGAGCACGAUAGCAGAAACGUGACUUAUUUAGAUAGACACCGUAGAACCACGUAGAACGUAGCGAUAAUUGAACAACUCGGAGGCUAACAACAAAAUCCUGACUCAAAACCAAACUUAUCAAUAUCAACUUUUGUCAAUCAAACCGCUCUUAGCCCUUUGAUAGUCAAACAAAUCUGAAAACACCCAAAGGUGCCUCCCAUCUACAUUGAUGACAAUGAAAUGAGCUAGUCAAAGCAAACAGCAACCCACCAGGAUCAGCAGCAUAGACAGACAGUCACGUUCAACAAUCGCACAAAGCACAAGGUUCAUUCCAGAUGACCAUCCAGGAAAGUCGUAACUCCCUUCAAGUUUCGCCUUGUUCCACUUCGAAUGGGCUCCUGAGCAUCACGACGGGCCCCAACAAUGUCGCCCCGACCGGAAGUAAUGCGAUGGUGCACCACAUAGUGGCGCCACACGGAAGCAACGGAGCAGGAGCCGGUGGCGCCCAUGCAAGUGGCGGUGGCGCCACAAUGUCCAGCAACAGUUCCAGUUCCAGUACCUCCUCCGAUGGCAGCAGCAACAGUGAACAGCUGGUCAUGGUACCGGAAGUGGACGAAGACGCGCACGAAUAUCGGUGCGAGAAGCCGCUGCAGAACGGGUGCGAGGACAAGUGGGACUGGAGCAAGCGGGACCGUUCCAAGGAGGUGUGGCUCAGUGGUGCCAACAAUCGGACGGUGCAUUUUCACCCGAACUGGAGCAAGGGCACGGCCGGGAUUCGGGGCACCAGGGUGCUAAACAAUGGCCGGUAUUACUGGGAAAUAAGUGUGUCACAGCGAGUGUUCGGGACGAGCAUGAUGUUCGGUAUCGGUACCAAGAAGGCGCGGCUGCACGUGAACGCCUUCACCAACCUGCUCGGGGAGGACAAGAAUGGCUGGGGCCUGUCGCACAAGGGGCUGCUGUGGCACGGUGGCAUCGCCCGCAACUACACCAAACGCUUCCGGGAGAACCAGGCGACCAAGAUCGGUAUCCUGUUCGAUGGUAUCGCCGGCACCCUAACCUACUACAAGGACGACGUAUGUCUGGGAAUUGCCUUCCGGGGGUUGAAUGAGAUACGCGAACCCCUAUACCCGAUAGUCUGUUCGACGGCAGCCAAAACGGAAAUGGUCCUAACGGAAUCGCGCCGGGAUUUCGUUAAUUUGCAGGAUCGUUGCCGGGCGGUGAUAAUCAAACACAUCAAAAGUCGGGAGAAGUUGGAUCGAUUGGAUCUGCCUUACUGCAUUACCAACUAUCUGGCGGAAGCACUCUAUGAUAGUAGUAUUCCGGUGACGCCGCUGGAACAGCAACUGAUGGAUUACUAUCUGUUCUAGCCCGAGGC